UGGGAAGAGGGUAGGGACCAGGUAUUGAGAUUUAUUUUUUCCAAAAGAGGGUUGAGAAGAAUGAUUUAUGUACUUAGGGCCUGACUGGUAGAGAGAAACAGCUCCAUCCUUCCCACUGGCCCCAGCCUUGCCUAAGUUUCCAAGGAGACCAAGAACAGAAGCUUCUGGAAAAUAUAAGAGACAGACUUGGAGACUAGAACACUAACUCUCCUGGGGCUCAUGGUUCAAUCUAGGGGUCAGGAAAGCAUCUCCAUGUCCAGACCUGAAUAUGAGUUCCCUCCUUCCCCCAAGAGAGCAAGGAGAUGCCACCUAAGACCAAAGCAAACGGAACAAAAGCUGGGGCACAGAAGAAGAAAAGGAAUGCAGGUGCUGGGCAGAUGUGGAGACUGAAUCCAUGCACAGGCUGGCACAGCUGGAAAAUGAGUUGCUCCGAGACCACUUGGCUCUGCAAAGGAAUGAGGCCCGCCGAGCCAAGGCUUCUGAAGACCAGCUGAAGCAGAGGCUGCAAGAACUGGAGGCUGAACUGGAGGGGGCCCGGAGGGAAGGGAAGGCCAUAUAUACAGAGAUGAGCCGUCAGCGCCGGGCCCUGCAGGAGGAGAUGGAGACCCGCAGCAGGCAGCUGGAGGAGGAAGUGAAGGGCCUUCGGGAGAAGUUAGACAAGUGCCAGAGGGAGGCUGAGGAUGCAGAGAGAGAGGCCAAGCAGGCCCUUGGAGAGCGGGACCGAACUCUGGCUCAGCUUCGGGCCCACGUGGCAGACAUGGAGGCCAAGUAUGAGGAAAUCUUACAUGGAAGCCUGGACCGGCUCUUGGACAAACUGAGAGCGGUCAAGCCUCAGUGGGACGGGGCUCUGCUGAAACUCCACGCCAGGUACAAGGAGCAGCUCCGCCAGUUUGGACUCAACCCCCUGGAUCUUUGAGACCAUGAGCCCAAGUCUCUGGGACCCUCUCAGGCCCCAGCAAUAAAGCUGUC